GGGAUUCAAGCAGCACUGAAGACUAAGCUAGCAAAUGUUGUGAAAAUGUGUGUCACAGAACGCAGUGGAGCUUGACCACAGUGAACUAUUUUGGGCCAAGGAAGGACGCAGCUUUGGAUGAGAAGAGCCUAAUUUACUUGUUGGACUGAUGACUUCUGCUAACAUCAGUGGCUACUGAAUCUUGGUCGUUUCUUACUGCUAAGAUGCAAAUUAAUUAGAUUUUCGCAAAUCCAAACCAGUGCCUUAAAUUACUGCUUGAGGUUGCCUGAAAGCUCUCCUACUUGUUGGAGUGUGUGAAUUGUGAUGAGUUGUAACAAAGACCUGUAGCUGCAGUUGAGCUCUUGAGAUAAAGUUGUAGUCUUCUACAGAAGUUCUAUGUUUUCUGCUUAUAAAUACUGUUUCUCCGUAGAGCAGAAGCGGAAUACUAAUAUAGUUAUGAAGACUUCAUCAAAGCUCUAACAAAAUCUCAUUCCUUUUCCUGUUUGUGUCCAGCUUUUAUUUUAGCUUCCCAAGUGAAAGUGAUCUUUCCUUGGGGAUUUAGGGAUUAUUUUUUUUUCUCACAAGCUAUAUCUGGCAUGCAUCUCCGUGAGACAGUACUUCCUUUGGGCCUCUGUCUUUCUUCAUCAGGAGAGAUAUAGGCUACAUGUCAGUUGUGUGCUGACGGCUCUGCAGCUCCUCUUACCAGUAUUCUGAGCGUUUUUGAACAGGAUGGAGGACGUGAUGAACUUCAUGCUGAUCUUUCUGGAUAGCCUCAGCAUGACAUAAGUGACUGAGCACUGCUGUGUUUCCCUCCCUGUACUGCACUGUCACAGGACACCAACAAGAAACUGCUGGCCACCAGGAAGAACAGCAUGCAUAUUGUAGACACCAUUAACCUGACGUUUUUACCCCAUGAAGCUAAGGCUUGUAUAUUCAUCUGAUAAAAAUCUUAAAGAAGCUGAGGAGCUGGCUAUCAUGAAAAAAGUACUGGAACCCAAAUUAAUACAAGAAAACAACAUCACUGCUCUUCAGAACACUCAAACAAACGUGAAUUGUCUUGAAGAUGGCAAAAGAACACCUGUUGAUCAGAAUACUGCAAGUGGAGCUACACAGAGAGAAGCUGCUUGUUCAUCUUGUAUUGAAGAGAAAAUUCCAGACGUAGUCGUGGAUGCAGAAAGCAACAAAGCCACUGCAGGUAAUUCCAAACUAGAAGCUGCGUCUGUGUUAGGAGAAGACUUAAUGAUGCUCUACAAGAACCGCUGUUGUCCAGAUAUUAAUAUUUGCAUAGAAGGCAAAGAUUUUCAAGCUCACAGGGCCAUUUUAUGUGCCAGAUCUAGUUACUUUGCUGCUAUGCUGAGUGGAAGUUGGGCUGAAAGCUCCCAAGAGCACAUCACUCUUCAAGGCAUAAGCCAUGCAGAAAUGAGUGUCAUCUUGCAUUUUAUAUAUGGAGGCAUUCUGGACUUUCCGGACCAAGUUGAUGUUGGUCGCAUGUUGGGCAUUGCAGAUAUGUAUGGGCUAGAUGGGCUGAAAGAAGUGGCUAUCUACAUUUUGAAAAGAGAUUACUGCAAUUUUUUCCAAAAGCCUGUUCCUGGAAAGCAGCAACCUGUGCUAGAAUGCAUGGCUAUUGCACAUUCAUUGGGAGUGGAAAACCUAUACGCCGCUUGCAUGAAAUGGGUGGUAAAACAUUUUGCAAAAUGUUUGUCAGAGAGAAGCUUUGCCAGUUUACCUGCUGAACUUCAGAACAACUGUCUUGUUAUGUUGAUUAACUCUUUGAACCACAAGAAUGCUGCUUUCCUUUUGAUGGAGAGUGACCGGCUGAUCAAUAGUUUGCCCCAAGUGAAAUGGACAGAGGCAGCUGUGGCCUUGGCAUCGAGGCUGCAAGAAGAAUGCGUAACAUUUAUUGUGGCAAACUUCCUAGACAUUGUACAAAGCGAAGGCUUCUCUGUUUUGUUGCAGGUUAGCGAGAGGCCUCUGGAUGGCUUGCGAGCAGCCUGGAGAGGGGUGGGGUUGUGGACGGACACAAAGGAAGAUGCUCAGCUCAAGGCCCCUGCACAGCGGGGCAGCAGAUCCCCUCUGCCCAGGAAUGCUUUUGCAUAUGAAGUACACUCUUUUGUUUUAAACGGCUGUCUCUUGUUGUUUCCUCAGGCACAGGCAAUGAGCAGCAAACCUGACCUUCUAGAACUAAUUUUUAAUGCAAUUGAAAAAAGUAUUAAUAAUGAAAAUAGCUGCUUUCUUCUUGUAGCUGUGGAUACAUUGUUGGAGUCCACAAAUGUGAAGGAGACGGGUUUUACGUGCAAGAUCCAGGCUCUGCGUGAUAAGCUCUGGGUCUUCCUGGUUCAGUCUUUUUAUGCUGUUCGUCACACAGAAAGCUGGAAGCUGAUGAGGCCAGACCAUCAACAGAAAAUACAAGCAGCUGCAUUUGACAAGGGUGAUGACCGAAGACUUGGCAAAAAACCUGUAUUCACUAGUUCUCAGCUAAACAAAUCUCUUCCUGAAUCUGUUGGGACACGGAAUAUUUCCUGGACAGAACACGGCAAGAAAGAUUGCUGGGGAGAUUCUUCCACUAAUCAGGAUAAAAUGAAAUCUGAUGGAUUAGGAGCAUCUGGACAUACAUCAAGCACCAACAGAAACACUGUUAAUACGGCUUCAAAGCAUGAGGAUGUGAAGGGAAAAGAUGGCAAAAAAGUAGUUCCCAAGAUUACAAAGGAUUCAAAACCUGGGGAAAAAGCUGCUUCACCAAAGGCUAGAGCUGUUAUAAAGACAAAAAUAGAAAGUAAUGGAAAUGUGAAGGCUGAAAGCACGCUUACCAAGCAAGAUACAGAAAAGACAUCAUCUGCAAGUGGACAGAAAAAUUCAGGAAGUGCCAAAGGACUAAAGAACCAUGAAGGAAAAACUGCGGGUGCCAGACCUAAAGUGCUGACAGUAACCUCAAGCGUGCAGAUCAAAACAAAACCAUUGAAAAAAAACACAGAGAAGGAAUCUCCCUCCAUAGCAACUGUGGCAGGAACUUCCAGCAAGUCAGCGAACUCAAGCCCAGAUAUCCAGAGUGCCAGUGAGCAGACGGAGGAACCCAAAGAGGAUAAAUUGGUAGAGGAAGGGAAAAAACAGACGGUGAAAACAAAGUCAACUGUAAAGACACCAAAUGGAAUCGCCAACAAAAAAAAAAAGACUGACCUUGAGGCUAGUAUCACAACAAGCAGGUCAUUGAGAAUUCGGCAUACUGGAACAGUUAAUGACUACACAAGUCUGACAAAAAAAUCAACUGGAAAAGGGUUUAAUGAACAAAAUGCACAAGCUGUUCUAAAGAAAAAAGGGAAUGUGAGUAGCAAUUCUGCAGCACAGCAAAAGGCUCAAAACACACCUACCAGUUCUCCCAAGAACCAAGGACCUCAGGGGGAAUCACCAAAUUCACUGAAAUCAGGAAUGUCUCCAAAACAUAAUGAAGAAAAAAAUGCGUUACAACAUCUGGUUCAGACAACACUCCCAGAAAAACAUUCUUCAGCCAAGAAGAAGAGUGUUAAGCAGUCACAAACACCUGUAGCAAAAGCCACUGCAAAAAUAACACCUAAAACUCCGGCUCUGUCAAAGCAUGCUGAGGUUAUGAAUAAUAAAGACCCCAAACCAAAAACAGCUGGGCAAUCUGUAUUAAAGUCUCAGUCCUCUGCCCAAAAACAUUCAAGGAGUGAAUCUCCUGUUGUCCAGAAGAAUGUGUACACCUCUGAGCAUAGAAGCUCAGGACAGAAACUUGAAAAAAACACGACAAGUCAGCUUCAUGACAAUAAUGAAUGCCAUUCUGCAAAACAAAGUGAGUCUUCAAAAUCCAUGAUGGAAAGUAGCAGCAAAGAUGAACUGUUGGUGUCCUGCCAACCCAAUAAACAAAAAUUACCAGACCAUUCUGAAAAUGUGGAAUACAAAAUACAGUCUGAAUCUUCUCCUCUAAUUACAGAAGAAACUACUUCUAAACUGCACGUUUCACUGCAAAAUGAAAUGGAAGCGAGACAAACACGUGGAGAUGAGACUGGAAUUUUACAGACUGGAGAUUCAGAGAAAGCUGAUAAUACAGCUGAAUUUCACUGUCAUGCAGAGUCUUCCAGUGAUGGAUCCUCAGGCUUUUCCAAGGAAACCAAUCAAAGGGCUUCUGCUUCAACAGCACUGGUGAAACAAUCAGAAGCAACAAAAGUCUGUACUGAAAAAAGUGAUAAAAUGAAUUCUGGAACAGGUCUUAACUAUGGUGAAAAUGCUUUACCAAGCUUUUCCAGAAUGAUAACCAACAAAGAGGAGGAGACAGCACCUCCUCAGAUUCAUCCAGAGGGAUUUCUUACAGCUGACGAGCUGUGUGAUACAUCAGCCCUGACUGAAUACAAAUCAGUUAUAGCAGAUUUAGAUGAUGUUUCAGAAUGUUCCACAGAACAAAUAACAGAAAAAUAUUCACCUAGUUACACAGAGCCUAUAGAUCCUGCAGAAACACCAGAAAACCAUGAAAAUGCAGAAAUUCCCUUUGUGGACCACUGGAGUACUGGUGCACUAGAUCCAAAAGAGAGUCCUGAAUCAGAUACUGGCAGUGCAACCACAUCCUCUGAUGAUAUAAAACCAAGAUCAGAAGAUUAUGAUGCUGGAGGCUCUCAGGAUGAUGAAGGAUCCAAUGAAAGGGGGAUUUCCAAAUGCAGCACUAUGUUAUGCCACGAUUUUCUUGGAAGAAGCAGCAGUGACACAAGUACACCUGAGGAAUUAAAAAUUUAUGACAGCAGCCUAAGAAUAGAAGUGAAAAUGAAAAAAGAGGGUUCUGAUCUUUUCCGUGUUAAUUCAACAAGUGAUGAUGAAAUACCAAGAAAAAGACCUGAAAUUUGGUCCCAUCAAGAAAGGGUGAGGGCCAAUACUAGAGAGAGCAAAAGUUCUACUUUUGGUAACGCACAGUUUACUCAGGAAGCAGACCAAGUGUCGUCUUCUGCUGAUGAAACAGAAGAUGACAGAUCUGAAGCAGAGAAUGUUGCAGCAAACUUUCCUCUAUCAAAUGUUCCUCCUCAACAGUUCCAAGGAAUUGAUAAUUUAGCUUUUGAAGACGCAACAGAAAAUGAUACUGCAAGUCAAGAGUUUUCCAAAACUAAAAAUUUCAAACGAUCUGUUUUACUUUCAGUAGAUGAAUGUGAAGAAUUGGGAUCUGAUGAUAGAGUGGAAACUCAUACUUCACGUCAGCAUUCCAUAGAUUCUCUUACUCCUUCAGAAGUAUUUGACAGUGUUUCUCAAGAGCACCAUGGAAAGACCUUUUAUUCAAGAUAUUCACUGGAAAUUGAAGAUGGAUUCCUGGAUUGCAAACAGCGUAAGGAUAGAGACAAUAGAUCAGAUAAAAAUCAAAGUUCUCUCCUACAUCUUCAUGGCACGGAAAUCGCAGGGAAGGAGAAUCAAGGUGCUUCAGUGACUGAACAAAACUGCCCAGAGAAAGUACACUCAGCAGCUAGUCUGUCUCCAGAAAAACAAAAAGUAACUAUGAAGAAUGAGGUGGCUGCUGAAUUCCACCAGUGCAAUAAAUACUCAGACAACGAUGCAAGAUCUCAAGAAAGACCAUGUCAUUUGGAUCUUCAACAGAGAGAGGCUAAUUCUGAUGUGCAAAAGAGCAGCUCUGCAAAAUCUGUAGAAGCCAGUAAGAAUCAGACCCUGACUCAAGAAAGUCAAGUGAGAGACAGUCAACCAGCAACUACUGAAUGCGCUAAUACUGAUAUACUUCCAGGAGACAUAGAUGAUUAUGACACAAUGGCACAAACCUGCAUGUAUGAGCAUCGGCCUUCAAAAACCCUUUCUCCAAUAUACGAGAUGGAUGUUGGAGAAGCAAUUGAGCAGAGGAUGGAUUCAGAAACAGCAGUUCUAGAUGUGGAUUUUGAAGAUCAGCAGUUUGCAGAACAGGACUGGACUCUUCUCAGGCAAUUGUUAUCUGAGCAAGACUCAAGCAUAGGUUUCAAAAACUCUGUUCCUGAAGACCUUAACUUAGCACAAUGUCUUAUCAAUCAGACACUGUUUCUGGCACGAGAUGGUUCAAAUCCUCAGGGUACAUCACAAGUUGACACAUUCAGCAGGUGGACUGAACUCAUGUCUCCGCUUGAUGAUUCUUCAGCAAGCAUUACAGUGGCAAGCUUUUCAUCUGAAGACUGUUCGUCCCCCCAGGGGGAAUGGACAAUUCUUGAACUGGAAACUCAUCAUUAAGGUGAUCAACUGUUUGCAACUGAACUCCAACCCGGCCCCCAAAUCUAUUUUUGAUGAGUUGUUUCCAUACAAUAAUGAAAUACUGCAUCAGUCAAGAACGAGCAAUUCUUGAUACUGAGGCAAUCUUUCUGAUAUAAUGAGGUAAAUAUGUUAAUUUAUAAUCUAGAUUUAAUCAUAAGUACAAUAAUUUUUCAAGACUUAAAUGUAUGUCUUUUCUAAAAAUGAACUUUGAGCAUGUAUUUUCUAGAAUUGUUAGAAAAAUUAGAUGAGGUGAAAGAAAAAUCUUGGUUUCCACCCUCCCUUUUAUCUUCCUUUCUGACAUUUAAUAUUCUCAUUGAGCAGGAAUUUAAAGAUGACUGCACAAGUAGUAGAGCUAUUGCCUUCCUUUUUUUCUCCUCCCUCUAUAUGGUGACUUCGUUUUACAACAAUAAAGAUUCAGAAUGGUUGUGUUGAAAGGUGACGUGUGCCAACACUGCUUUAAAUGAUAGAAACAUAAUGUUCAAAAAAAAAAGUUUCAAUAUGAAUCUGCCUUAGGCCUUAUUAACAUGGGCAGCUUGUUUCUUCCAGAUUUGAUUUUUGUAUUUUUUGUUUUGUUUAGAAGUUUCCAAUAAAUUUUUAAAAUUGUCUUUCCUUUAAAUGUAAGACUUCAGAAGGUCUGUGCUAUAGGAAAAGCACUGUUUCUUUCUGGGAAAUGCACAUAUUUAAGUAAAUAUUUUUAAUGGCAUAGUGCAUGAAUUCAGAGGAGUUGGUAGAAUGCUGCUCCUGUACUACAAAACCCAGUAUGUCUGAUAUCUCCAAAAGUACAUCUCAGUCUGAAGUUGUGGUCAGUGCUACAUCAGACAUCUACCGUUGAUGAGAAUUACCUCCAGGCUUCAAUUCACUACACUUGCACCCCUCUGGCGCUGUCUGGAGCAUAGCAAGAUCCUCAGGAAUUCGGUUUUGUUUGCUCUCAUAGAUGCAACAUUUUGGGGAAGGAUAAUGGGAUUCUUGGAUCUUCAUUAAUACCUCUGGUGUGUCUUUAUAUUGAAACAAAAUGUCACCCAUUCUUCUAAGAGUGAAAUAGGAUCUGUUUCUCAGUACUGCUCAUUCUGCUACUUUGGGCUAUUAAUUUGGGUGUGGAUAGGACUGUUUAUUGUCUUUUCUGAUUUGACAGGGAAGGAAGGGAGCAAUAAAUUAUUUGUAACUCUUACCAAGUCAGAACUCCUCUUGAAACAUGCAGGGCUUUUUACCUGCAAAGGUCAGGCCAUCUAAGAUACCUGCAUUAUGGAAAGAGUAGGGCUUGUCUCUCACUCAGCUUAAAAUCUGAACAGGAACUAUGCUGUCUCCUCAUAGUCACUAACAGAAGUGCCUUCAGCAGUGAGUGCCACAUGGCAGUAAAAGGCUACUAACAUUUUUUUUCGUUACAACUAUUUAAGAUAAGUGCGCAACUUAAGCUGGCUGUAACUACCAACAACAUGGUCAGUUUUGCAAGCUUUUGCACAAUUCCAACAGUGCACCUUAAUUUUCUUUAGAAACUUCAUUUAUUUUUGUUCAUAGUCAGAAACUCUCAGAUCUGUGGAAAUAAGAAGUCACUCCAGCAUGUGACUUAAAAAAGUUAUGACUUAUCUUCAGAUUUGACAUAAUAAAGAGUUCUGAGACAAAAUAAUUUAUCUAGAAAGCCACUCUGUAGAACUUCUGAUACAGAAGUAAAAGUGAUGCUUUGUUUUCCCAAAAAUAAAUGAUUGACUUUUAUCUCAUUCUUUAGUAUCAAGGCAGAAAAGAAAAAGAAAGCCUUCCUUCAUGUCAGUGAAGCAGCAGGACUCUGAACUCAAGGAAGGAAGAUGUUCAGUCUCAUAAUAAAAAUCUUUCCCUUACUGUUCCAGCAGCACAGACAUUAUAAUUCAAAAUAUUUUAAAUGUAAUACGCUGUAUUUAUCUCAGUCUUCAUGUUGAGGGAGUGAGAAGUACCUUUAGAAGUACAAAUCAUCAAGAAAACCUAUUUUUCACUCUUAGGUUUACAAGGUUCAUUGCUAGUGGAUAAUCUUUUGGAUCGAUGAAAGAACUAUAGUAUUAGCCACAGUAAAAGAUUAAACUCUAGAGAAGCUCUUACAGAAGGCUGAGGAAUGGUGUCUCCUCAAUUUCUGUGUAAAAGACUAAGGAAAAGUUGUUUAAAAUUCAGGUUAAUUAACUUUAAAGUCCUGAUGAUAUUCUGAUAGUGGACAUUCACAUGUUAAACAAAAUGAAAUGAUGGAAAGGAGAAGACAAAGGAUUAGGAAAAGUGACAGAAAGUGAAAGAAGGGUUCCUUUUGUCUAUUUUUUCCUAUACCCAUAUUUUUAGUUUCUUACUGAAUUGAAAAAGUAACACUGAAAAGUGGCACACAAAGUUCCAUGUUUUUCAUAUGAAAUACAGUCAUGUACAGGGGGUUUUUAUUGCUUUUUUCUUUGCAUUUACUCUUCCAGUUGUGUGAAAAUUAAAUUAGCUUCUCUCUUCAAGUCCCCAGUGAUGUUGUUGCAAUUCCUUUAAUAGUUUUGCAGUAGACCAGCGAUUAGGAUUUGGUGUAUUGUUCUGUUGGCUCAUAUGCAGCCACAGAAUUCAGCUUCCCACAGCCAACUAGUCUCUGUAGAAGUAGCAGGAACAGAAAGCGGUAUUGUUUUUAAUUGGCGUUACCAGAGUGCCUGUGAGGCUUAAUCAGACCAGCAUCCCACCGGCUAGACAUUGUACAAACACAGAACAAAAACAAAGACUUCCCACAGAGUGGUUAUAAUCCAAGUUAAGACAAAAGACAAAAAAAACAUGGAUGGAAAAGUAAAACGAGAGUGUCAGUAUUUGUCUAGCUCAUUAUCAAUGGCUUUAGCACACCAUCAGUUUAAAUAUUGUCAUUUUUUUCUUCUGUAUGCGUUAUGAGAAGGGGAAAUCGGAGGAUGGGACUUGGAGGCUGAAUAACGAGGGAGCUGUAAGCCCUGUGUGCCAUCUAAACUCUGCUCCUGUUUGACCUUGUUUAGUAGUUCCUUCUCAUUUAGGAGGAUGGUCAAGCUUUAAGCAGGUCUAAAUGGCUAUCUGCUUAGUAGUAUCAGUCACUCAGGAGUCCUGCUUGUGCCUCCUGACAGUCAUUUUGCCACUGUAUUGGCCUCUUCUCCAAAACACGAGAGAAUGCACAAAGGUUUCUUUGAAAACUUCAUAUAUAAUCAAAGCUAGUAUCAUGGGCUCCAAGUGAAUAGUGAUUUCGAGUCCUGAAUGACCUCUAAAGUAAAGACGAGGUAUGUACAUCAGAUGGAACAGUGAAAGGGCAUCCAGAGGAAACCAGAUAAACGGAUGGCACAGUCAAAAUAAUGUUUAAGAAUUUACCUUUGCAGUAGUCUUUUGAAUGAGUAAGAGCAGUGAAAUUGCUUUGUCAAAGCCUGAGAAGACAGCGUUGCAGUCAAGAGGUGAUACUGACAGCUUACGUGAAAUUAUGGGAAUGGAUGAAGAUUUCUCUAUCCUACAGGUAGUAACAAGAAACUUAGUGAAAUAUCAGUGAAAUUUAGAUGAGAGGACUUGGAAAUGAGAGUUUAAGAUAAUGACCAUGUUUUUACCUACCUUGAAUGACAUGUUAUGGAAGUGAAAGAUAAGCAUGUGUUACAUGUAUGGAUUAUUUAAGUUUAAAAUAGGCCAGACCUCCAAAAGGUGAUGUCAAUAGGCAUAAUUACUUUCUUUUGCUUGGAAAAUGAGUCUUGUUAGACUGGAGAAGCAGCUCUGCAGCUUUUUCACUAAUAGAUGCUAGCUAAAAUAGUAUUUGUGGAAUAAAUCACUGUCAGACAUUGCCAAGGGAAAAGAUAAGGAAACGGAGGCCCAAACACUUGGAGCCCUACAGAAAACUGAGCAAAGUGGACGUUCACUCCAAACAAUCUGCUCAAAAACUUAAUUAGGGAAGCAAAGGAAAUAAACAAAGAUGGUGACAGGAGACAAAUGACGAUCACAAAAUGUAAGGAAAAAUGUGCUGUUGGACUUCAUUGAAGAUGGCCUGCGAGACUGAUGAGUAUAAAACAGCAGUUUUUGAGACUGGUUAAGAACGUGUUCUUAGGGACUUUGAUCAAAAUGAGGUAUUGGCUUCCUCAGAAUGAAAGGCGGGCAGAUACCAGCUUGGUAGAGUAUGGCAGAAAUGCAGGAAGGAAACUGAGCUUAACCAUUAACAGAAGGGCAACAGUUAGAAAAGCACAUCAGAUAAUAAUAUAUUUCGGUUGCUUUUUAAAGACAUGAGAUUACACCAUAUUUAUAUAGCAUAGGAAAAGAAAUGAGGAGACUGAGACCUAAAGUAAAGAUCAGGAGAUAUAAGUAUUCAUGAAACGAGAUGAGCAGGCAGUCUGGACUGCUACCAGAAGUGACUAGGUAAGAGCAUAAGAAAAGACAAACAUCCCGGUUUGUGGUAGGGGUAGUAGAAAGAACACUCCAUAUAUCUAUCUUUUUUCUCUUGGAAAAACUUGCUAUAGAAUCACAGAAUUACAGAAAAAUUGCAGAAAAAUCAUAGAACUACAGAAAAACACAGGCUUGGAAGGACCUCCAAAUAGGUAACUUCAAAGUUAGCCCAGGUUGCUGGAGCCUUAUCAAGGUCCAUAGCAUGUACAAUGGUAAUAAAGUCAGCAAGCAGGAAUACAGCACUCACAGGAAAUAGUUAUUUGCAAUGAAAAUAUUCUCAUCAUAAUAAAACUACUUUGGGAAUUGUUGGAAAAUAUUAGUAACGAAGUACAAUAAAUAUGGCUUGCUUGCAAUAUUUUAAGUUCUGGAUGGUAUGUGACUGAACUGUACAGGUUUAAUAAUCUUAUUCCACGCUUUUUAAGGUUUUAAAAUAUGUCAAAAUUACACUGAAUUUCUGAGUUUGCAAAUUUCAUUAUUAUUUUGGAGAAACUAGCGGGCAAGAAAACUCCUUAUGUUUCUCACACAAGACUGCCUGUGGGAUGUGCUCCCCUAGCACUGGCUGUCUCUGUUUCUUUCAGGGAAUGUGCACAAAAAACAAUUAAUGCACCUGAUGUAGGUACAGAUUGUAGAAGACUAUGUUAAAACUUAGAAUACAUAUUACUGCCAUCCAGAAAAUAAUUAGUAGCAUGCUCGUUCUACUUUGCUCCAGAAAAUCUAAACCUUUGCAUGAAGGAAUUAAGAACUGCUCUUAUGUUGUUCAUCUGUUGCUCAGAACCAGGACAUUUAAGAAGUCACUAUUUUGCUUCCAUUAAUGUCAAAGGAAAAACUCCAGCUGAUCGCAGCUGAAGCAAGUUCAGGGCUUACUCAUAUGAAAUGCAUGUACUAGAAAUGCUAUUUUUCCCAUAUAUCUAUUUCAUAGUUUUCUAGUUUUACUCUACUAAUAACAUUGUACAAAUGUAGAUGUGACAAAUUGUAGCUGGAAAGACUUCAAUUUAGGAGUCAUAAUUGUAUGCGUUUUGUUAAUAUUUCAUGACGGGGGUGAUUUAACAUUUGCACAUUGAUAGAUGGCAUUCUUGCCAGGACUACACAGGAACUGAGGACAAAAGACAGCACGAGAAGUAGCAGCUUUUUUACAACAGAUGACUCCAUGGAAAUGGGCUUUUAGAUUUGAAAUCCAAUAUAAUUAGAAGCUUUCAUCUCUGGCAGAAAAUCCAUACUGUUUUUCAGCUCUCUCUGUUGAACACAGAUAUAGGCUAUUUUUGAAAAAUAAGCUUUAAUGUGUUCAAUUUUGGAAAAAUUACAGCUCAAAUCUAUUAUUUAGCUAAUCUAAAACCAAGCUUCCUAUCGACAGCUACUACAUAUGUUUAAGAAAACUAAACCUGUAGCAAAGUGAUACAUAUAAGAAGUGGAUAUCAAGUAGGGAAAAAUACUGGGUUUGAUUUUUUUUUUACCUUUGGUAACUACUAACUGAAGAAGCUAUACAGCAUGUACAAGCACACGCACCUGUUUAUUUCUUGCAUUUGACCUUCCUUGUAUACUUUACUUUGCAAUCUAUAAUGUAUCGUCAAUUAGGCCACAGUUGUGCAAACAUAGGAGUAAAUCCAUUUAAACAUUUGUGGACUUGUGGACUGGCUUUCAGGUUAAUAUUCACCUUUCAGAAAGGGUAAUGGAACUGGCACUGGGGGCAGGCACUGUGCAUACUUGUGUUUUUAUAUGGUACUCAAUGAGCUUCUAAUCCUGAUGAACCAUCUGUACGCAAUUUAAGUAUGAAAUAAUUAAUAAUGGAAUGCCAUUAAGUCGCUUCCAGCUCUCCCGAUUUAUUGCUGAAGUUCAGAAGACUCUUCCAUUAGAGAAAUCAAAGUCCUAAGAAAUAUAAUUUUUUGCAUUACAUGCAACAAAAGAUCUGUCGCUAUUGCACUGUAAAAUGAAUAGUGAUCAGAUCUUCAGUAGCUAAAGCCUCAGUGUUUGGGCGGGGGUGACUCUAACUCAGUAACGAGAUAUAUUUAAAAAGGACAUCAAUGGUCAACAUAGUUUAUGUUAACAGAAGAUGACGGAUUGUGUUAGAGUGAACGCAUAUUCUGGUUAAGCCGAACAGAUGCUCACUUACAAAUUUGGGGACUGACCCCAAUUACUCAGGUAGUCCAUCAGGGUUUAUAUUUAUGCACACAACUAAAAGCAACUGACAUUUUCCCAUCUCCCACUGAAAUUAGUGAAUGGUAUCAGCUCCACAUUUAUAAAAAUCAGGAUAUUUUUAAGUGUCUGAACAGAAAGACUGGUAAUCCAAGUAAAAAAUGUUGGCUCAUGUAACUUACUUUCUAACUAUAUAAGCCAGUUUUGAGACUGAUCUCACCAAAUGACUUAGAUCUACAGCAUCCUAAUUUAUACAAUCCUUACUUUGUCAUUUUCUUACACUUGUGUUUAAUCAAAUAAUUUUAGUUCUUCUCUUUUUUUCAUAACCCUCUUUUGAGUGUGGCAUAGCAUCCUGCCCCUCAGUAGAAUUGUAUCGGUGUGUUUAAGAUCAGUAUAAAUAAGACAAACCAUACGUACAUGACAGAUUCCGCAUAGCUAGUGAGAAAAAAUUUUGUUACCUUCAUAGAAUGAGGUAAUUUUCAUGUCCGUGACCAUGAGACCCACCUAUAAGUCAAACCUCCUACCUGUAGCAAAAUGUUCUCCUGUAUCUUUGUGGUAGAGAAGGAAACUUCAAUCCCAAUUUUCUGGAUUACCAAUUCUAGCUAUCAGGAUUAACCCUAUGUAUGUCUAAUGGGAUGCACUUGAAAAAAGUCUGAGUCACUACCUGUAGCCCAUGGCUUUAUGGUCGUAAAAUACUUUGAUCACUUAGUCUUUGGGAGGGUGAGGGGGGGGUUAAGCUCUCAAACUGAAUGCUUGCAUGUUUUCUACCCGCUUGCUUUUCAAACCUAGGUAAUUAUCUGGGGCCUAAGUAACCAUAUUUCCAAAUGACUCCUUGUGAACACAGUCUUCUGUUUCCAGAAUCGCUGUAUGGUUGCAUAGUCCCACAAGCUUUCUUCCUCAUGCUACAUAUUGAAGAUUUUUAGUUGAUUUCUGUAUGCCAGAAAACAAUAAAUCCUAUGUGUAACUUGAA